AUAUAUGUCGUUUUAAACAAACGUGAAUAAUUAAUUCAAACCAAGAAACAUAAAAACAUGUUCUUAGCGUAUAUACCAAUAUCAUUGGUUAGUUUGAGACACGUGAUAAAGAAAAACUCUGCUUAUUGGUUAUAUUUUGGGUGUCAAUAGUUAUUGUUUCUAUCUCAUAUAUGAUUUUUCACACAACAACAGUAAUCAUUUUUGUUCAACUGUUCAUUGGAGGUGUUACACACAGACAGUAUGGCUUUCAAAGUUUUAACUUUAAUUUUAUUGCUUUUUGCUAUCAAAUACGUUUUCACUGAAAGUAAUCUUUACUUUAUACACAACGUUAACGACAUCAAAAAAGGAAAAGUUACAAAUCAUUAUAAAGAAUUCACAAGAACUACUUGCUUGGUAAGAUGUGGUAAUGAUCAAGCUUGUGACACGGCAUAUUUCAAACCAGAGCAGGAUAAUAAUUCAUUUGGAGAGUGUUGGUUUAUUAAAGAAGGAGGUGACGAUGACUUAAAGUUACCAAAAAUAUCAGAUGGGGAAAAAGUGGAGUGGUUUGAGAAUGUAUCCUCUUGUGGGACUAAGAAGAAAAACACGUGCUCUGAGGCCGACGGUUGGAAAUUACAAGCCACUAAUGUUUGUUUUGGUGCAAAGGAUGAUAGCUAUGGUAAGUUUACAUUGAAGCAUACUGGCACCAUAACAAAGUUGAAACUUAAACAUACGGGUGAAGUAGCUACAUUGAGUUGCUGGCUUGACCGUGGCUCUCGAUGGGGAUGCCAUUACACUGAAAAACAGAUGAUCCAUACCGUACUCACUGACAAAAACAACACAAUCAUAAUUCCGAAUUCAAACCCGCUUUUUUUUUACCUUCUUCCUGGAUAUCAUCGCAACUCACCAUAUCUUCAAUUUGAUAAUCUGAACAUACCUGCAAGAAGUGGAGAUGAAUUAAGGAUCUGGUACCUUGAAGAUUUAAGAAAUGUAUCUGAUUCAAAUAACGGAGGAAGAUCAUGUACAGACGUGUAUGCUAUGUUUUACGAAUAACUUUGCAACAAAAUUUCAUUCACAUGCAGCUUUUUCCGUUUAAAGUAACUUGGUUAGGAUAAAUUUAUUCCCGUCUCUAAAUCUAAAUCUUGAGUGUAGAUUUUGAGUGUUGUAAAUUUGGAAAUUUAUCUACGUUUUAUGAAGCAUAACGUACAAACAUAAAAAACAGAACAUACGCUAAAAACGAGGUUGCGUCCAUAGUAAAAAUGAGUCAGAAUUCCCAAGUUCUGUUCUUACUAAUAAAAACAAAAUAAAAAAAAGUCUCGAAAAACAAGAACAGGCAGCCUUACGGCGGAUUUUGUAGUUUCAUAAGGAUUAUUUUGUUGUUUCAUAAGAAUUAUUUUGUAGUUUCAUAAGAAUUUUAAAUAUAUACCCUACAUGUGACAUAAAUUUUUUUUACCUUUACUUUCUCCUUGCGAGUUAACAUACACCUACAUAUAAUUCACAUAUUUCUAUUAUAUAUCAAAAAUACCAGUUUGAGAGCAAUGAUUUCAAAUCUCUUUCUCUCAAUCAAGUAAAUAGAACGUGAGAUUAUGUAUUGCAUUUUCUCGAAUAAACAUCUCCCUCCAUCAGAC